UUACUCACGUCGGGGGCGCGCACGUCAGUGGAAAGUUCAGCGUCACCAACGUCGUCGCGCAGCAAAGGGACAACAAUCGCCCAAGAGAACGCGCUGAAAGCAACGCUAAGAAAUGGGUCGCCAAACAGUACUGUUACUCUGUCUGGUUCUUGUGGUAUCAGUUGUGGCCAGACGAGGUGGUGGCAGUAAAGGCGGAUUUAGCUGGGGCAAAAGUAGUGGAAGCUCAAACAAAGGUGGAAGUAGCACUGGAAGCCGAAGUGGCGGCAGCAGCAGCAGCAGCAGCAGCAGCAGUAGCAGCAGCAGCAGCAGCAAUAAAGGCACUUCAUCACAUGGCACACACUCGGCCCCCGGAAACUAUCCUCGCCAACCUCAAGUACCAAACCAGAAUCCACCCCCCUACCCUGGUGCUGGAGGUGGGUAUCCGGGGCAGGGCAGAUAUCCACCAGCAGGCUCUAACCCAGGACAGGGUAGCUACCCAGGACAAGGUAGCUACCCAAGACAAGGUGGUUACCCGGCCCAAGGUGGUUACCCGGCCCAAGGUGGUUACCCAGCCCAAGGUGGUUACCCAGCCCAAGGUGGUUACCCGGCGGGAGGAUCUUAUCCAGGAGUAGCUCAAGGUGGUAAUCCACAAGGUAACUACCCAGGGCGUAGUGGUUACCCAGCUCAAGGUGGUUACCCAGCUCAAGGUGGCUACCCAGCUCAAGGUGGCUAUCCACAAGGUAACUACCCAGGGCGUAGUGGUUACCCAGCUCAAGGUGGUUAUCCAGCUCAAGGUGGUUACCCAGCUCAAGGUGGUUACCCAGCUCAAGGUGGUUAUCCAGCUCAAGGUGGUUUCCCAGCGGGAGGAUCUUAUCCAGGAAUAGGUUCCAGGUACCCUGGACAAGCUGGAGGAUAUGGAAAUCCUUACUCAGCUGGAGGCUCUUAUCCAGUCCGGGGAGGUUCCAGCCCUAACCAGUUUGGUGGAGGUGUUGCAGGAGCAGGAGCAGGUGCAGCUGGAUAUCCAGGAGCAGCGCAAUAUCCUUACUGGAACCCCAACAAUAAAAUCAUGAGCCCAGGCUAUGGUGGCAACUAUGGUAGUUAUGGGUAUGGCGGCAGAUCACCUUUUGCACAGUCAGUGCAUAACAUGGGUGUAGCCCCUUCGUAUAAAUCAAAGGGGUUUGGCAAGCAAGCGAUUAUGGCUGCUGGGGCUGGGGCAGUGGCUGGUAUGGCUCUGGGAUAUGGUCUUGGAAGUUUUCCUCGCCCCCGUUUCCAUUUCCACAGCCCGCAAGAGGAAUACUACUACAAUCACUACAUGUACAGACGUUAUGGCCAACCUUCCCCUGACAGUAACGGGAAUAGAAACUCUCAAGGUGGCACCCCAGGGGAAGCAGGAUCAACCUCUGCCGGACAAGGAAACGUUAACCCUCAUGACAUCUUCCAGCAACCUCCACCACAGUCAUAUGAUAGCUUCAUGGACAAGUGUGUGAAGAGAACAGACUUGCUCAGAGAGAAACAGGAAGGAAGAUCGAGGAGAUCCACUGACUUUGUUGAGGCUCAAGCAGAAGAAGUAGCCAAUGAUCCUACUGGUGCUCAAGAUAACGGCACAAGCAACAACAGCACUGCAGAAAAAGACACAUCCGGAAGCUCUUUAGUUGUAACCUCAAAGCCGCCCGAAACACCAAGUCAACCUCAUAAGCAGACCCAGGAAAGGAAACCAGAAGAUGACGAUGACACUGUUAGCAUAAUGGAGAUCGGCUAUCCUGCACUAAUUGAGCAAAUGAAAGCACGACGUUGUGUCGAGCUGUACAUGGUCUAUGCGGAACAGCAUGCAGAAAAACAGUUGCAGGUUCAAAGUAAAAUAGAUAAUAAAAACAGCAGCAGUAGCAGUGACUUACCUGGACCCUUCGGCCGAGGUGUCAUGCUACUCUUUACUAGCAUUCUGUCACUUAUCUUCAGUUCCCUUCUACACUAAAAUUAGGGAAAAGGCUACACACAAAAUGGUUUUAAAACUAAGAAAUGGAGUGUUUGCAUAUUCGUCUUUGAUGUUUAGAAACUUUGGACAAAGUAUUCCUGAAAGACUACUUGAAGAUUUAACAGAAAGAACUCAUCACAAUGACUCUUGUACUCUACUAAAUUGCAACAUGAGCCACCUAACAAUUUGUCAUGAGCCCCCAUUUCAAAGCAAUUUCCAAAUGUAUUAUAUAUAAAUAUAAAUAUUAUAUAUACAUAUUUGCAUUCAAUUACUUUUACAAUUUAACUUUUCAUCACUGCCACCUACUUGCAUGCGUUUUGGUGAACACUAACUUCUCUUCUAAUACGGCAUUACGCAUGAACCCUUUAUUACCUCCAAUUUAAACAGAAUUGUGCAUGGCAUUGGCAUUCGACUUACUGUUUUCCACUGGCAACAGCAAUUACAAUAAACCACAAAUAUUUUGACUUCCAGUUCGGUUCUCGUGAUGGCACUCCUACUUGUGUGGAACAAAAUUUUGUGUUGUAGUGUUAUCUUAUUGUUUGGACUGUUAAUUUAGAGAUUAACUUUAUACCGAUGUAGUCCUAUUUAUUUCUUUUAAAUUAUUAUCAUAGGCGUAGCUAAGGCAUAGCUUUUUCACAUUUUUGUUAUUUUUAACUUUAAGGAGCCGUUCACAAUGAACAUGUUUUUGCAUUCUACUCCAUUGUUUUCCUGCAUAAACAUGCACUUGAUGGAUCAUUGACACUAUUGCCCCUAAAAACACAUAAACACUGCAGUUUUAGAAUGCAGUGGCAAAUUAUAAAACAUUGAAGGACCUUGGGUUUUUUCAUUCCACGUUCCACAUUUUUAAAUAAAAUAAAAAAAAACAGUUUCUGUGUGAAUGGCUUCAUAAUGGUUUUGUGAUCAUAACUCUUUGGUUUUUUAACUCAUUAUGUACAGUAAUAGCCCCACUUGUCAGUUUCAUUUAUAUCAGAUGUGUAUGUACUAAUGCACUAAUGCAGUUGAACUUAAAGUGGUUAGAUAAAAUGGCAUUUUAUAUAAAGCUGGAUCUUUAUCAGUAGCUUGGUGCUGUGGUUUCUCUAAAUAUUACUGCUGAACAUUCAAGUAGAUUAUCAACCCGGCUUGGCACUUUGCUGAAUCAUUUAUCUAGAAAGACUGUGGCGACCACUGGAUGACCAGUAGAAGGCAAAGCUUAACGCCUUUAUUGUUACUCAGCUGCAUAUGUGUUGUUAUGCCUUUGAUAUGUUGUGAAUGUUGAAAGUGUGUAUAAUGUUACCAUCACUGGGAUUAAACUAAUUAUCUGCACCUUA